UUGUAAAAAAGCUAUAGAAAAUGGGUAAAUUUGUCUUCACUUACUGGGACUUACGGGGAAUUGCAGAACCAGCAAGAAUGCUUUUAGAGUAUGGUGGAAUAGAAUAUGAAGAUAGACGUAUGAGUGUGAGCGACCACCCGAAAUGGCUUGUUGAAAAGUUCAGUUUGGGACUGGAUUUCCCGAAUCUUCCCUACAUAAUUGAUGGUGACGUCAAACUCUCCGAGAGUUGGGCUAUUUAUAGAUAUAUUGGCAAAAAAAUCAGUCUGUUUCCAGCAUCGGAAGAAGACCAACGACAUUCAGAUAUGCUUCAAGGAGUGAUAAACGACAUCAGAGUCGGACUUAUCAGAUUUAUGUAUGAUGCCGAUCUCUAUAAAAAAAUCGAUGAGCUCCGUAAGAACCAAUCUGAAAAAGUAGAUUUGAUAGAAAAAUAUUUGAAAGGUCGAAAAUUUCUGAUAGGAAACGACUUGUCUUAUCUCGAUUUUGCUUUGUUUGAAACUUUCGACCAACACCGUCUAUUUUUUACCGAUAUUUUUGACCAAUCACCUAAUAUUCAAAAUUACAUGGAAAGAUUUGAAUCACUGCCGCCAAUUGCUAACUACUUGAGUUCUUCCAGAUACAAGUUUCCAAUAACGGCUCCAAUGGCUACAUGGGGUGGGCAAAAGGAAAAUGACAGAAAAUAGUUGGUAAAUCACGCCGAGGGCAACGUAGAAAAUUUGUAUUACAACCCGAAUAUCAAUCUUUGUUGUAUUUGUAAUAUGAUAGUAAUUAAAAUAUUUCCUGAAAUAUUAUUGGUUUUACUUUAUUGAUAUUUUUUGGUCAAUUCCGUAUGAAAAUUUCAAUUGAGUUUGAAUAAAAUCAAAAAUGAAUAGUGCAAAAGAUAACCGUGCAUUGAUGGACAAGUAUAGUGGAAAUCGUUCAAUGAGUUGUUAAAUUUUACAAAUCGAAAUUUUAAUUCGGGAGCUACGUGCCAACUAGUCCAUAAUUUAUAACUAGCUACGUACGUCAAAUUUUUUAUAUGCUUUUAAAUCUUUCAAAGUACAUUAUGUAGGCAUUAUGCCUACUUCAUCUGCUUUUAAGUGUGGUCUGUGGUAUGUAUCAAAGAAAUAUUUCUAAAACAUUCAGUGGUAUUGAACAUAAUGCCCGUCAUUCAUCGCAUUGUAUAAAUAACGCGGUUUUGUGGUUUACAAAACAGCAAAAAAGAAAUGUGCAAACGUGGCAAAGUCAGGAACGAAAUAUAACAUUGGUAUGGCAUAUCUUAUUAGGUUAUAUGAUCCAACCUUGACCAGACAUACAUGAUCGAUAAGCAAAACUUUCCAA